AUGGAUAGUAUGUCAAUGUCUAUGCCUACUGGUAGCUCCAUGAGCUCGAUGGUAAUGUCCAUGUCUAGUGAUCACACAAUGUCAAUGCCUAGUAGUAGUAAUAGUCCAAUGGUAUCAAUGGUAAUGUCAUCCAUUUCCAGUACCGCAUCGAUGGUUAUGUCUACAAUGACUAUGGAUUCAAGGUAUAUUGUUACAUCUGCUUCAACUUCUGCCAUGGAUAUGUCACAUAAUCAUGGCUCUUCCAGUACAAGUAUGGAUAUGUCUAAUUCCACAUCAUCUUCUGGUAUGAGUAUGGAGAUGGGUAUGAAUUCUUAUUUGACAAGAAAAUAUAAGGAUUAUCCUGUUUUAUUCGAAAAAUUAUAUGCAAAAGAUAAGAAAGGUGCAUUUGGGAUCUUUGUAUUGAUCCUAGCUGCAUGUUUUGUUUAUAAAUUUAUCCUUUUUGUUAGUUGGUGUUUAGAAGUACAUUGGUUUAAGAAAUGGAAUAGAUCUAAAAAAUUUAAUAAGAAUAAUUCAAAUAGCAAUAAAACUAUAGAGGACUAUGAUGACGACGAUGAUGAAUACGACGAUGAACGUACAGAGACCGAAUAUACAGAGGCAGGCGGUCAAAUGGUAGCGUUACCAAAAUUACCUAAUUUAAUGUUCGAGAUUUUUGCACCAUCUUGGAAGGAUAUGUUUCAUGAUAUUGUUAGGAUAUUACUAAUUUUCACUUCAACAAUGUUGAUUUAUAUGCUAAUGCUAGUUGUAAUGACAUUCAUUUUAACUUAUGUCUUUGCCGUUAUUGUUGGAUUAACAUUAUCUGAAGUAUUUUUCAAUAGAUGCAAAAUUAGUACAUUGAGAAGAUGGAAUAUUCAACGUGAAAUCAAAAAGGCAAUGAAUUGUCCAGGUGCUGCAAAUUGUAAAUGUGGUAGACAUGUACAAAAACAACCAAAAAACUCAUUUGAUUCAACAGAUUAUAAUGACCCUGUGACAAGUUAUAAUGAAAAAAAUUCUAAUAAUGAAUCUACUCAAAAUAACAAGGGAAACGAGAAUAAAUGUGUUUGUGAACCUGAUAUUCAUGAUCAAGACAGACGCAUAGAGAGAAGUAUGCUUGAAUCUGCAAGACAGCAGGAACAAAGUAACGAUAUGGAUACAAAUUUACUACCUGCUGAAAAAUUUGCUUAA